UUUCCCGCGAGGAGAGCAUAUCGAAUAAUAGAAUUUCCUCGGAUAUAUUCAAAUUAAAUCGAUAUAAAUCAUAUUUCCUACUAAAUUUCUGAACCAAUAAUUCUAAAAAUGAGCUCCAAUGACGUUCUCGCACAAAUUGCCGGUCUGGCGAAAGCUGCAGCAGAGCUUGAAAAUGAUUUCUCGACGGAUAGUGAAAUGCAACAAGAUUCCGAGAUUUGCGAUGAAGUCGAUGCGGAGCUUUUUGACGAUUUCGAAACAAAGCCAUCAUCUCGAAAGGAAAGUUCAGGAACGAGCCGUCGAACGAGAAUGGCACACCGAGAGCUUCAAGGCCUCCAGUUCGCGAAUCCAGGAGAUGAAAUGUCUCGAUUUUUGCCCGACUCUGUGGAUAUUAUUAGCACCAACCGCUCGAAACGUGUAGCCGCGGAGAAGCAGGCGGAUCUGAGAGACGAACCUUUGCAUCAUGACAAAACAGGAAAACUUUCGGUUACCGCAAAAGGACAGACUUUGUUUUUCGAUCUUUGUGAUUGUCUCGUGGUGGAGUGUGAUGGGUGCCAUUGGCCAUGUAAGCAGUGCAAAUCUCGCAAAUGUCUCAUCGGAUGUCGUCAAAAUCGAAAAGAAAUGGUGAUACGCGUCGAGGAGAUGUACACAGUGACGGAAGCCCCGGGCCCUGUUGUCAAUAUUAAUCCUUAUUUUCCGGGCCAAAUCAAGGAUUAAAUGCCUUAUCGUUUUAUCAAUUUUAACCUCUUAUGUAUGUUCCCCUUUUUCUUGUACUGGUAUUAUCUAUUUUGAACUGUUUUAUACAUGUCUUUGUGAAAAAUUCAAUCUCGAUGUUCAUUAAAAACUAAAGAUAUUGUUUGUUUUU